GUGCUGGGGAGUUUGGGGUGUCCUUUGGGGUGCUGUGGGUCUAUGAGGCCGCUGGGUGCCAUCUUACAGCCCCCAGCCCACCCUACACCCCCCAUUUUCUUCCCACAGAGCUUCCAUUGCAUUUGGCACUGGGGGGGACCCAAAGCAGCUCCAGAUGUGGGGGUUGUAAGGGGGGGACGGGGGGGGUUCAGCUGCUUUUCCCAAUGGGUUUUCAGCUGAAUCGGGAGCUGGCUCCGUUCCCACUGCAUCCCAUGACAACGGGGUUCGUGUUGGGGUGGUGGGAGACAGAUUUGGGUGCGGGUGAGGGCGGGUUUGUGGUUCCGGGUGUGUUUCCAACGGGGAUGAGGUGCAGGGAGAGUGCAAACCGGGGCUGAGGGCACGAGCAGAGCAGAGCAGAGCCUGCAGUGUGGGGCAGCACUGGGAACCGCUGCUGUGCCGCUGCGUGCAAGGAUGGGUGUGCAUGGGGAGGUGUGCAAGAGGAAAAUGCCCCCCAGAGCCCACGGUGGGGCCGUGCUGGUGCUGCUGAGCCUCUCGCUGGGCCUCGCUGCCGAUGAGCUGCAAUGUGCAUGCGACAUGCCGCACUGUCCCGCACCCACCUGCACCGGCAAGGUGUGCUUCGUCAGCAAGAGGAGGGAGGCAGGGAAGGUCACCCAGCACAAGGGCUGCUUCUCGGACCACCUGCUGGAGAACUGCCGGCCCUACGUGAUGGAGCACUUUGGCACCCGGUGCUGCAACGCCAGCAUGUGCAACGCUGAGCUGGAGAUCUACCUGCGAGGAGAAGAAGCCCUGGGAGAGUCUCCUUCCCUUUCCAACCUCCUCCUGCUGAUCUUCAUCCCGCUGCUGACGCUCCUCGUCCUCGCGGCGCUCACCAUCCUCUUCUUCUGGAAGCUGGCCCAGCACCGCCGCAAGAGGCUGCUCCUCUUCAAGCACAGCGACCUGGGGGACACGGACUUGAUGCUGAAGGCAUCCAUGGUGGGAGACAGCACGCUGGAGGAUUUGCUGAACGAUGACUGCACCACGGGCAGCGGUUCAGGGCUGCCCUUCCUCGUCCAGCGCACGGUGGCCCGGCAGAUCUCCCUCGUGGAGUGCGUGGGCAAAGGGCGCUACGGCGAGGUGUGGCGAGGCGUGUGGCACGGGGAGAACGUGGCCGUCAAGAUCUUCUCCUCCCGGGAUGAGCAGUCGUGGUUCCGUGAGACCGAGAUCUACAACACCGUGCUGCUGCGGCACGACAACAUCCUGGGCUUCAUCGCCUCCGAUAUGACCUCGAGGAACUCCAGCACCCAGCUGUGGCUCAUCACCCACUACCACGAGAACGGCUCGCUCUACGACUACCUGCAGAGGACAACCCUGGACGUGGAGACCUGCCUGGGCUUGGCAGCCUCCAUCAUCUGCGGCCUCGUCCACCUCCACGUGGAGAUCUUUGGCACGCAGGGCAAACCCGCCAUCGCUCACCGUGACCUGAAGAGCAGGAACAUCCUGGUGAAAAGCAACCGGCAGUGCUGCAUCGCCGACCUGGGUCUGGCCGUCAUGCACUCCCAAGGCAGCGACUACCUGGACAUUGGCCACAACCCUCGGGUGGGCACGAAGCGUUACAUGGCCCCAGAGGUGCUGAGCGAGCAGAUCCGCACCGACUGCUUCGAGUCCUACAAGAAGACGGACAUCUGGGCAUAUGGGCUGGUGCUGUGGGAGAUCACCCGGCGCACGGCCGUCAAUGGCAUCGUGGAGGAGUACCGCCCGCCCUUCUUCGACGCGGUGCCCAGCGAUCCCAGCUUCGAGGACAUGAAGAAGGUGGUGUGCGUGGAGCAGAGGACCCCCGCUGUGCCCAACCGCCUCUUCUCUGACCCGGCACUGCGUGCCCUGCCGGGGCUGAUGAAGGAGUGUUGGUACCAGAGCCCAGCAGCACGUCUCACCGCGCUGCGCAUCAAGAAAUCGCUGCAGAAGCUGCAGCACUCCCUGCACGACCCCAAAGAGGAGCGCUGAGCCCCAAAGGGGGUGUGUGUGUGGGGGGGGGGGGGAUGCAAAAGAAAAAGCAAAAAAAAAAAAUAAGCAGAGCAGCAUUUUCCUGCUGUUAUCACAGCACCCAACUGCACCCACAGCCCAGGGUGGGUGUGGGACCGCCCAUUUAUUUAAUGACCCAAAUGUAAUAUAUUUAAUAAAGCACAGCGCUGUCGUAGCACUUCA